AUGCUGCUGUGGGUAUCACUUCUGGUCCUGGCUCCUGUCGGUGGACAGUUUGCAACUGAACCAAAAUCUGUAAUUUUCCUCCAUUCUCCAUGGACCACUGUCUUCCAAGGAGAGAAUGUGACACUGACUUGCAAAGCGUUUCACUUGGAUGCAUCAGAGAAAAUAAAAUGGUACCGUUGGUAUCUUCUGGGAGAAAUACAAAGUGAAACCUCAGGAAACACCCAUGAGGUCCAUGAAUCUGGAGAUUACAGAUGCCAGGCCCAGGACUCACCCCUGAGUAAUCCUGUGGGCUUGCUCUUUUCUCCAGCCAACCUGAUCCUGCAGGCUCCACUUGAUGUGUUUGAAAAAGAAUCUGUAAUUCUGAGAUGCCGAGCAAAGGCAAACACAGUACUGAAAACUAUAAAGCUGUACAAGAAUGGAAAAGUCCUGGAAGAUCACACUAUGGAGAUACCAGUGGAAAUGUUGAUUGACUUCCAUAUUCAUCAGGCAAGUCUGAAGGACAAUGGCAAAUAUCACUGUACUGGAGUUAAGGAAAAUGAUCAGUUGGUUUCUUCAAACUCGGUCAAAAUCGAAGUCCAAGAGCUGUUUCCACGUCCUGUGCUGAGAGCCAGCUCCACCCAGCCCACUGAAGGAGGAGAAGUGACUCUGACCUGUGAGACCCAGCUCUCUCCACAGAGGUCAGAUGUCCAGCUCCAGUUUCACUUCUUCAGAGACAGAUGGUCCCUGGGGUCAGGCUGGAGAAGCUCCCCAGAAUUCUGUAUCCCCACCAUAUGGAGAGAAAACUCAGGGUCUUACUGGUGCCAGGCACAGAGCAUGACUUCCUCUGUCCAGAAACAGAGCCAGAGAUUACAGAUACAGAUGUUCCACCAGUUCAUUAGAGAGUUGAAGUUCUCCCAAACCAUGGAUGGACCACAGUCGUCCACCACUUUCUCCCCCGUCCCAAGGAACAAGCCCAAUUCUACCCCAGGCCAACUUCCCAUUGGGUCAGCAGACUUAGCCCUUCCCAUUCUGAGACUCUUCUUCUAUGACUCAUUCUGUGACACCCCAAUACCAAGAACCCCACAUGUCAUUUUUAUUCAUUUAGAAGUUGUUCCUGACAUCCGUAUAUACUCUCGCCCAAAGUUGGUGUUUGAAGGGCAAGAGCUGGUGCUCAUCUGCUCAGUAAAUGGAGUUCCAGGGCCCAUCACAGUUUCUUGGUACAGAAAAUUCAAUCUGAGGACAGAAAGAAAGCUUCACACUUCCUCAAAAACAGAAUUCAAGAUCCCUGUGGUGCAAAACAGCAAUGAUGGAGAGUAUUAUUGUGUUGCCAGCAAUAGUCGCUUCUCCUUCCGCAGUGACACAGUGACCAUCAAUGUGAAAGUCCCCGUGUCUCAACCUGUCCUCACCCUCAGCCCUCCUGGGACCCGGACUUUUGUGGGAGAUGAAGUGAGCUUUGACUGUGAAGCUCAGAGAGGUUCUCUGCCCAUCUGGUAUCAGUUUUUUCGUGAAGGUGUGCUGCUCAGGAAGAUAGAAGCUACUUUAAGGAGAACAAUGUCCUAUAGAUUCUCUCUGACUGAAGAGCAUUCUGGGAACUACUACUGCACAGCUGACAAUGGCCUUGGCCUCCAGAGCAGUGAGACCCUGAGACUCUCUGUCACCGUUCCAGUAUCUCGCCCUGUCCUCACCCUCAGGGCUCCCGGGACCCAGGCUAUGGUGGGGGACGUGAUGGAGCUUCACUGUGAGACAUGGAGAGGCUCUCCCCCAAUCCUGUACCAGUUUUAUCAUGAGGAUGUCUGCCUGGGGAGCAGCUCAAGCCCCUCUAGGAGAGGAGCUUCCUUCAACCUCCUUCUGACGGCAGAGCAUUCUGGGAACUAUUUCUGUGAGGCCAACAAUGGCCAGGGGUUUCAGCGCAGUAACACAGUGUCACUCAGUGUCAGAGUUCCAGUGUCUCACCCUGUCCUCACCCUCAGGGCUUCCAGGGCCCAGGCUAUGGAGGGGGACAUGGUAGAGCUUCACUGUGAGGCCCAGAGAGGCUCUCCCCCGGUCCUGUACCAGUUUUAUCACGAGGAUGUCGCCGUGGGAAACAGCUCAGCUCCCUUGGGAGGAGGAGCAUCCUUCAACCUCUCUCUGACCACGAAACAUUCUGGAAACUACUCCUGUAAGGCCGACAAUGGCCUGGGGGUCCAGCAGAGUGAGGUGAUGCUGCUCAGUGUCAUAGUUCCAGUGUCUCGCCCUAUCCUCACCCUCAGAGCCCCCAGGGCUCAGGCUGUGGUGGGGGAUGUGGUGGAGCUUCACUGUGAGUCCCAGAGAGGCUCCCCCCCGAUCCUGUACCAGUUUUAUCACAAGAAUGUCACCCUAGAGAGCAGUAUGUCCCACUCUGGACAAGGAGUGUCCCUCAACCUCUCACUGACUGCAAAUCAUUCUGGAACCUACUCCUGUGAGGCCGACAAUGGCCUGGGUCCCCAGUGCAGUGAGGCAGUGACACUUUCCAUCACAGGGCUGACAGGGAGCAGAAGUGGUCCUGUUGCCACCGGUGUCACCGGGGGGCUGCUCAGCACGAUGGGUCUCGCUGCCAUAGCACUGUUGUUCUACUGCUGGCUCCCGAGAAAAACAGGAAGAAAGCCUACAUUUGACUCCUCCAGGAACCCGUCAGCUUCAGAACCGCAAGAACCUACCUACCACAAUGUACCAGGCUGGAUAGAACUGCAACCAGUGUACAGCAAUGUAAAUCCUAACAAAGGAGAUGUGGUGUACUCGGAAGUCCGGAGCGUGAAGGUGGAGAACAAACAGGCAGGUGUUCUCAGAGCAGGUGGCGAGGUACUUGCAUUCACUGCAAAGUUUGCAUUGGCGUCUGCCUUUAUUGGUCCCUACUCCAUCAUUACAGUGAAGCAGCUGCUGAACUGCCAGAAAGAUACUCCAGAAGAAAAUGGUGGAAAAUAA